ACAGUUUGGCCAGCUUUCUUGUCGGCGGAACCAUCGAGAUCCUCAGACCGGGGGACCAUAAAGGCUGUAACACUCUUACCAAACAGCAACAAUGUGAAAAGGAGGUAAUCAAAUAUAUUGAAAUUUCUUCCUUGUAAUAUUGUGUUUUUGACCUUCACGUUUUAUGAACAGCUGUUUGCUCUAAUCUAAGUUACCGGUCGCGUGUAUUUCCGCUUUGCAGGAGGUGCUAAGCUAAUCAAUGUGGCUGCUGCCGAUUCAAUGUCACGGCUUCGUUGCCAGGCUGUAAGAGGUGGAUGCUGUCCUCUUACUGAAAUUUCGUCGAGUAUAACUCGUAGUCAACUUUUCCACGCCUUAUAACUUGUAAUUUAUGGGCAAGCUUACUGUAGCGAGACAGGAGGCAAUUACUGGUCUCGUGCCCUUAUAUCGUAUAAAGUGGGGUAAGUUGGGUCACCCUCUGUUGCUUGGAUAUGGUUAAAGAAAUUGAUCAUGUGACCAAAUAUUUAGGAGAUGGGCAUCAAUUCAUGGAGUCUGUGAAGGUUAGAAGCACAUGGGUGAAGGGGUUAGACAUUUAUUUACAAAAAAACAUUUUUCUCUCUUGAAAGUGAAUUUAGUCUGUCAGAGGUUUUAUCAGGAUUGUGUUCAGACCAAAAAAGAUCAUUUUAAAAUGGUUUUACACAUCAAUGGUGGUAUCUAUGAGCUACAACAUGAAGUCAAAAACCUAAAGUCCACCAUUUUAGCUUAGAGGACUAAUAAAGUCAUCAUAGUAGUUAUGGGGUAAAUUGACCCAGUGUCUCAACUGAGAAAGUAAAGGAGUCUGAUGAGAGGAUCAGAGUUUCAGUUCAGAUUGUUGAAAUGUGUUACUUUUUCUUUUCAAAAAUACAGCAGUGAAUGUUCUGAAUCACUUAAAUACAUUCUCAUGUUAAAAUGACUUUUUACAAAACAGCUUUUUAUCAGUUAUGUGCAAUCAUAAUAAAAAAGAAUUAGUGUACCAGUUGAAUAGGGUAUAGUAGAUAAAAAUAUGAAUGUGAAGAAGUGACUGUUGUUUAGGGAGAGAGAAGGUGAGGGAGGGCCGGGGUGGAGAGUAAGGGGGGCUAGUAGGGAUACAGCUCAACUUAGCCCGCUCCUAUGGUCAACUUACCCCAUACACAGGGUAAGUUGACCAUAGGAGACCCCUUUUAUUUGGCAUGCUAUUAUCAAGACAGUUAUGUUUACACUCAUUCUGUUGGUUUGCAGGAAUGCACAACAUCUUGAAAUAUAUGCAGAUACACUAGUCACUCACUACACACUACACUACACUCUCCCCUACUAGUGUUUGAACCUGCAUUGGAUUACAGGAAUUUUUAUGCGUUUACAAAAUAAAUGACCAUGUAUGCCGUUCACUUUCAACACUAUAUUUAAUUGCGUCUUUACUGUAUUGCCACAGGAGAUAAAAUUUCAAGUCCAAUAAUAGUGUAUUCAUACUUGUUUUACUAUUACAGGUCUUUAAUUACAUUGCUGAAAAAGGUCUGUUGAUAAAUCUAUCAGGAAAUUAGUGUGUGUGUGUGUGUGUUAAAUUAGCACACAGAAAAAAAACUACUUAAAGCUGAAAACCAACAGUUGCAAUGGUCAGGUAACAGCAAUUACACAGAAGCUAUUAAAAUGGAAUGACACCAAUCACAACAUAAACUAAUGCAAAGUCAAAUACACAGAGUGGAAUCCAACAAUAUGUAGUGUUACGACAGCUUUAUUAUGUAAACAGUCUUUUAAAGGCAUGAAGGAGGUGAAGAACAAAAUAUAACACUUUACAAUUUGAAAUUGUGACACUUAAUAUAAAUGAGGGCUGCAUACCUAUUUAAGUAUCUGGUUUUAUUGGAGUAUAUCCAAAUUUCAUGUAUGCUGGUGCAGGUUAGUACAAAUACAUAUGAUUACAAAAAAUCACAACAACGUUUCCUGCAGCGUCUGACUUCAUAUUAUUCAUGCUGUUGUUUCUGGCUGUUCAAGUGAUAAAUGGGUUGACAACAUCUAGCUGUGGGGCCAUCUUUACUUACACUAUACUCAUACACUGCAAGAUGCUUUGGGAACAAAAAAACUUACCAGCAAAUGACAAAUAGUUUGUUUUGGUUAAUGCAGCAAUUGCAUACCUUGGUGGAAUUAUUUAUGAGUCCAGAUUGACUUUCCCACAAAUAAAAACUUGAAUAGUUUUGCAGUGUCCUGAACAAAGUUUUGAAAAAACUUGCUCAGAUUUGCUCUCUCCCCUUUGGCUCCUUUUCUUUUCCGACUACUACAACUUAAACAACUAAUUUUCUCUUGUUUUUACCCAAGGUUCUGCAGCAGUGGUGUGGGUGGGUAAACCAAGAUGGCCACCCGCCGUGUUCCACUGGUCCUGCUGGCCUGUGGCUCCUUCAAUCCCAUCACUAACCAGCACAUGAGGCUGUUUGAGCUUGCCAGAGACCACAUGCACAGCACAGGUCAGAUCCAUACUUCAGGGACAAGUUGUGCUUUGUGUGAUUUAUUUGACUCUACAGACGGCCUGCAGUGUUGAAUUUCCUCCAGUAAAAGCUUGAAAAUGAUGACCUUCGUCUAAUUUACUUCCAGUUAUAAAUGGAUCAAAGGAUAAUAUGGGUAGAAGGAGAGAGAAGUUGUUCAUAGUUUUUUUUUUAUUUUUUUUUAUUUUUUUUGGGGGGGGGGGGGUGAUUUGGCUCCACUUCUGUCAAAAAUUUUGAUCAACCCGAUAUACCGAGUGUGUCUGAUCUUUGGAUCACUGAGCAGAUGAUAGCUGGAGAAGAAAGUUUAAACUUAGAAAACUUAUGAUCUCAGAAGUAGGUGAAAUACAAAUGCCCAAAGGAGAACAAAUGUUGUACUCCGAUAUGCCAGGCUGCCUUACACACAACUCCAAAUGACUGCUGAUGCUAAUUUGGUGUCUUUCAGUUCUGACAUUGCCUCUUUAGAGAUCUAGGCCUCCUCUGGCCUCAUAUCAGAUAAUGCUUCUAGUGCUGCAGACCUCAUAUGCACUUCUAUGUUCUCCUUUUGUAUGAAUAAAAUAUAGUCUCAGUUGCGUGUCUUGACAUGUGCCGCCACUGGUCCCAUGUAAAUUCCGUGUCAGCAGAUGCAGGCUCGGGACGUAAACCUUGACAACUUACUUCCAAAGCUGCUCCUAAUAGGAGAGCCGGCCCUGUCACAUGUUCAUAACGACAUCAUUAUACCUUUAGAGCUAUGCCGCUCAUGAGUCAGCUUUCUUUAAGAUCCUUUAUGAAUGUGUGCACAGAGCACCAUUUCAGUGGGCAGGGACAUGAAUAAUGCUCUUAGGAUCCCCUUUGACCCCUCACCUAUAACACAUCAGCUGACUGAUUCCAGGGUGAUCAGAAAAAAUCUUUUUUUUGUCAUGUCGUUAGAUUUAUUUAGCUAUAGUUGUUAAUAUUUGUGAGAUUUUUUUUAGACAAACUAGAUUCCCCACAAUUAACUUUUUGAUUCACCUGUAACAUGAUCGUGUUUUAGUCCAAUUGCACAAUUAUGUAAUGAUUUAAAUCCCUCUAUCAGUUUGUGUAACCAUUUUUUUCUGUAGUGUUAGAUUUAUAAAAGCACUUCUAACAUGAACACCAGUGUCUCUCAGAGAUGACUAUAUCUACUGAUUUUUAUUCCAUGUCUGUAUCGUCUGCCAUGACCCAGAAAAACUGUUUUGAUCCUCUCUCCCCCCAGGCCAGUACCAGGUGGUGGGUGGCAUCGUGUCUCCAGUGAGUGACGGUUAUGGAAAGCAAGGCUUGGUACCGGCUCAGCACAGAAUCGCUAUGGCAAAGCUGGCUCUACAGAGCUCAAACUGGGUCAGGGUUGAUGAAUGGGAGAGCCAACAGGCAGACUGGACAGAGACUGUGGUCACCAUGAGGUAUAAGACAUGACCAGAGCAGCAUUAAUGGGAAAACUGUUUCUUUCAGACAGAAAGGUUUGGUCAUAGUCGGAAAAAAGGAGGAAUCUUAAGGAUAAUUUCAGCCUUCAGGAGGAGUAUUUUUCUCCUCUUGCAUGUCCUAGUUUUAAAGCAGCACCAGCAGAGUUCUGGGAGAUACGCUCUUCUUGGCUGCUCCUCCACCCAGCCUGCUGUGUGCCAACUCAGGCCGAUUAUUUCACAGAGUGUUCCCAGGUUCCCUGAGUCUCAAUUACAGGAUUUGAUCUCUAGUGGGCAACCAGACCAGACUGGGCCCAUGUCAGGUCUGGGUUUUUUAUGAGGUGAAGUCAGGGACACAAGCCGCUAGACUCCCUGAGAGUUUAGCCACUGAAAGGGAAUGGUUGAUUUGCAAAAAGGCUGUCUGAGCAGAUAAAUGUGGGAGUCAAAGAGGCUGAAGAGGUGACUUGAUUAACAUGCGAAUAUCUUAACAUGGCAGAGGUUUUCUUUGCGGCAACACUGUGAAAUUUAUUCACAGCUGAGUUUCAUCAAAGUUUUGCUCUAAAGGGAUUAAUCAUCUAUCGCACUCAUACACUGUGCGUAGUAUGUGUAAAGGUCUCUUGCUUCAUUUGAUUUCUUUCUGUAUUCUCACUCCCCAUCUUUCUCCACCCUGCUGAGCAAUCCUCUCUUGAGUGCUCCUACCCCCCUGUUUGCACAACAUGCUGAACAAAGCUGGUUGUCUUUAGGUUGUAAGCGGGCCAUGCCAUAAGUUACCUUACUCUGUAACACACACACACACCUACAUGAAUGGGCUCACACAUCUUUAAGAAGCUUUACUUGAAAACAGUGAAGUUUUUCAUUUUGCUCUUACGUUUUCCUCUGUGACUCCUGGAUAUUAGUGGUUGAAUAAUACAGAUCAGUUUGAUCAAGUGUUGUAGAGAAACUUGACUUUACACAUCCAUCAACAGAGAAGGAUGAGUAAUACAUCAUUACAAAUAAAAAUAUACAUGCAAAAAUGUGUUCCAUAAAAGUAAAAUUGAGGGAAAAUAUUCCUAAUUAGACCAGAGAAUGGUGAAAUUUUGUGUAAUUGAUAAAUAAAUAAUUCUUAAUCUCACUGUCAUAUCUUCUUUUUUUCCAGGUAUCAUUAUGGACGUAUUUUAAAGGAGCACAAAUGGAGCACAGCAGAUGACUUCAAUGGAAAUACUAAUCCCUUCUUAAGUAAGAACCUCUUAAUGUUGUAAAGUUAGGAUCAUCUCAUAAACCCUUUGAUCACUAACGGUUCACAGAGAUUUCUUUAUUGGUUUACUUGCAUUAAUCUUUAUUCACAGACUUGUAAAUGUAAAAUCUGUGGAUUUUCUGCACCGGAAGUGUUCUGGUUUCUGUUUGCAGAUAGAUUGUAGUCAAGGUACUAUUUGUUAAUCUCCUGAUAGCAGACUUUGAUGUACGCAGGAAAAGCAGGUUGUGUAAAGAGCAAAAGCAGACAGUCCACACACUGCUCUUAUGGCAUCCCAGCUCCCGAUGGUGGUUAUCUGAUGAUUAACAUAUCUCUGCAAACAGAUAUCUGCAUGCUAGCACAAGUUGUUCAAAAGUUGAAAAUUUGACAAACUCGAGAUAAAAAAAAACCUUUUUCUAGGUGUGUAAAGUAUAAGUAUGAGGGUUCAUAUUUCAGGCUGAUGCCACUGGUGUUAUCAUAGAGAGGUCUCUGUAUAACUUAAAGCCCCUGCUUUAAGGGGGUAAUACUUUGCAAUGGCCUAGGGACUACGUAAAACAGGGCCUGAUGAUUUUAUCCAUAUUAAAAAUCAGGUCAUUAAUUUACAUAUUAAAUACCGGUAGCUUUGUGCACACGCAGAUCCUGGAUUAUAUCCUACAUAACCUAGUUUUAUCUCAUCAGUUAAAUGAUGUAUGUACAUGAAUUUUUACUCCGUGUGUUUACAUUUUUUUAUCCCGGGAAGGGCUUGUUUUUGAAACAGUUUCAGGGGUUAGUCAGAUCAGGAAACAAUCUUGUUUGCAAUAUAAGCUAGUAUGCACUUAAAUCACAGACACUAGCUGAGCAGAGAGAAUGUUAAAAAGAUGGAGGCAUCAAAGGGUGAUAGUGUAAGAGAAAAUGUUUCCAGUUACUAGUGUUGUGUCGUUCAUGAAUGAUUCAUUCAAAAGAACUGAAUCUUUUAAGUGAGCGUACUGAACCGAAUCAGUUCCUCAAGUGAUUUGUUCGUUUCUCACUUCAGUUGAGCUGUCAGCAGCACCGCUGCCAUAGCAGCCGGUGAGCGGGAGAGGGACGGCACACGCCAACGUCUGAAUCACUUGGUGAAGGAAUCACACAGUGAACUACAGUCUCUGGAAUCAUUUUUGUCUGAGGGAUACACUUUCAUGGCGACCGCUGUUCCCCGUUGUUUUAACAGAGUUAGUUCCCAAUUAAAACGUUAGGCUGGCAGUAAUAAGAAGAGAGUGAGACUCACCAGCUGUAGCAAGCUCUUGGCAGAAGCAAUGGAGGGAGAUAGGGAUGUGUUGUGUUCAAAUGUACCUCGGAGAAAACUCUCUUUUUUUUAUUAACUCUUUUAAAUUUCCACCACAACAACUUGCAUACAGUAGGACACACCAUGUAACAAGUGGUGUAUAAAACCUGCAGUUUUUACCAAUAGGAUUUAUGACAAAAAAAUAGUAGAAACUGGGAUAAAUGGCUGUACAAGUGACUUAAUAUCAGAAUACAAUGCCUGAUGUCAUUGGCCUGAUUUGCAAUGUUUACCCAUUUAGUUCCUUAAAGGGAAAUCCCUGCAAUGAAAAGCACCUUCAAUGUCUACUAUUAAACGGAGACCUACCUGAUACACAGAAAAAGGCCCUACUUUGGAGGAGGUGAUGGACCAAGAAACGGCAUCAUCUAUGUCUGUGACAUAAACCCACAGGAAAAGGAAGUCUUGAAGGGAGCUGCUUAAUGUCUCUGUUCGCCCCACUGUAAUUACUGACAAGUUGGUAUCCUCUCCCAGAGGCUUCUUUUGCACAGUGUGGUGAGAUGAUGAUGGCAUUGAAUCGUUCUUAUCACUGCCUGGUGCUUGAUUGCCAUGAAAUAUAAACUGUAAUGAUUCCCUGAACAUAGAUGAAUCCGAGCGCCUCUGGUAAUCACUUUACUUUUACUCAAGCGCCAUCAGUGGGUUCAAGUCUUAUUUGAUCAGUAACUCACUCUAUGAUCAAAUUAAAGGGAGGUAUGCUUGUCUGUAUUAUCCAUUAACAUGAUGACUAGUAUUCUUGUUAACCAUCAGCCUCCUUACAUUGUCAAAAAGCUGAUUCAUUAGCAUUCUUACUUCUCAGUGGUAAACUUAGAUGUUAACAUUCUUAUGAGUAGCAUGUUAGCAUGCCAGAGAUAAAGGCUUGAUAUUUCUUAUUGUGACUUCAGACUCUAUUUUGCAUAAUACUAAUUUUUCAGGAAGUAAAACACACAUUGGUUGAUCAAAUAAAUUUUUCAUUACACUUUACUCAACGCCUAGCUCUAUAACGCAUUAUAAAUGUAUGUGUAAUGCGUUAUAAUAAUCUUAUAGCACUGUAUAACUAUAGUUAUAAACACUCAUAAAUGAUCAUAAUGCUUUAUAGCAAUAAUCAUAACACAUUAUAAAGCUUUUUAUCAUGACUAACAAUGUCAGGUAUUAUAAUGUGUUAUAACUGUUAACAACUCACUGACAAAGCCCACAUUGAUAAUGCAUUAUACAUAAAUUUAUGAUGUGUUAUAAUUUGCUUAAACUUGUAUAACUAUCAUUAUAAACUCUCAUUAAUUAUUACAAGGCUUUAUAACAAUAAGCAUAAAACAUAAUACCUGACCUUGUAAGACAUGAUAAAAAGCUUUAUAAUGUGUUAUGGUUGUUGCUAUAAAGCCUUAUGAUCAUUUAUGAGUGUUUAUAACUAUAGUUAUACUGUGCUUUAACAUGAUUAUAAUGCAUCAUACAUAUAUUUCUAAUGCGUUGUAGAGAUAGGCGUCAAGUAAAGUGUUACCAAAUCAGUGAAUCACACUUAUCAGAUAGUUGGGUUGAGGGAUUUGCAUUUAUCCUGCCUAUAAUGUGCCUGUGCUCAACAUGAGCAGGGUAAGAGCUUAGCACUACUUUGUUGUUCCGACGAACGGCUCUUAGAGAGUGUUGAGGAUGGUGUUAGUGCUUUUAAGACAUUGUGUAUUUAAGUGUGUGAAUGUGUGUUCCUAUGAGUGGCUUUUAGUGUGCUUAUACAUUGUUGUAACAUGCCUCAGCAGCACUGUGGAGGGUUUGUAGCUUAAGACUGGCCAAUCGUUGUUCAGAAACAUUUUCAGGGAUUAUCUGUGAUUUGUGGAAAAUAGAGUUGUGGGCAGAAAUAGAUGGAAAUUCUCUCUGUUUUGUUGCAAAGAUAUAUUUGUUUGCUGUAUGGGUCUCUAACUCAAAGUUAUUUUACAAAAUAAAACAUUGUUCAGAUUUCAGAAUUUAAGCAGAAGAGUUGAACUAGUCAUGUAAUUGGUGUUUUAGCCUUCAGCGCACCAUCAGUUUCUAGGAUUGGUAAUUAUGCAAUGCUAGGAAGUCAGUUUUACACCUGUUGCAAAGUGUAAAAUCAAACAUUUCUCUGUUUACCUUAAUGUUAACAUCACUAUUGCCUCCAGUGUUUUGAAAGAUUUCUACAACAUUGCGGGAACUCUUAGAUUGCCUCUUUUUGCUUGGUCACGGAUGAACCAGAUGGCAAAUACCUUUACACUGUUUCCCAUGUCUUUAAAAGUGCUGCCAUUUGAGGAUGAUGUCACUCUCAGCAAUCAUAACCACCCAGAAAAAAAAAUCACAAAGACGUAAAUGCCAGCGGCUGUAUUUGUAAAGUUUCCCCAAAAUACUGGCUCGCUCUGUUGAAAUUUAAAAAAAUCAUUUUUUUGAGUUUACCUCAAAGUUUAGACAAGACUCUGGUGAAGAUAAGACUGAACACAAAAUAUCUCCUGUGGGGGAAAAAAGGAAAGAGCUGGGAGGAGAACUUUUAGGAGGCUUAAUAGUUUCUCAAGCAGAGGAGAAAACAGUGGAAAAAUUUUGAGAUAAGAGAAAUCUUUUCCUAAUAUGUAAUGACAAUGAGUUUAUUAUGGAUCAUGCAGCGAUCACGUUUGUGCUCACUAAGUCAGCACACGAGCACAAUAAUUCGACACAGAUGCAGUUAAAAAAAUGUUCUGAAAUAGUUCAUUUUUUCCCAUAAUUUAAAUUUCUUUUUUGCUGAUUGUGUAUGGAUGAAAAAUGCACAAAUGGCCACAGUCUUCCUCUUCUUUCGAUCUUCUCUCCAGGCCCACGUCCCCAGCUGAAGCUCCUGUGUGGAGCUGAUUUCCUCGACACCUUUAAGAUUCCGGGUCUAUGGCUGUAUGACCACGUUGAGGAGGUUGUCGGGCGUUUUGGUCUCAUCUGCGUCAGUAGAGGGGGGCUUCAACCUGAGCACACCGUGCACGAGUCGGACACCCUUUCCCGCCACGGUCAAAACAUCUUCCUGGUUAGGGAGUGGGUUAGGAACGAAACGAGCGCCACUGAGGUCCGGCGAGCUCUGAGACAGGGUCAGAGCGUGAAAUACCUGAUCCCGGACUGUGUGAUAGAUUAUAUUCACCAGCACAACCUCUAUACGGUGGACAGCGAGAAGAAAAAUGAGGGCAUGGUGCUGAGACCGCUCGUCAAACAGGCACAACAGCCUGUGAAGAGUUUGGACGACUGAGAGACAGGAGGCUGGACGUUGGAGGCCUUCAAGUGAAAAUUCACUCACAGAUCAGGGCUUCUCUUCUGGGACGAGAAGCUCUGUUCUUCCACCAACUGCAGCAUGAGAAAGAGUUUGCACAAGCUGGAACCAUUGACUCUUUGCCAAAAUGUGUUUUCACCUCUUUUUUUAGAAGGAAACAUCUACACAGAGACGUUAGAGUGAAUCAUUAACAUUGAAAGUUGCAAAUCCUGAGCCUCAUCUGUGCGCCAGUGUAAAGAGAAACAUUUCUUAAUUUAAAGUUUUCCCAUUGCACAUCAAACCAGCGUUGGAAGAAUUCAAUAAAAACCUGCAUAUUUGGUGUA